UUUUAGAACAGUUAUCGUAACGGCUCAAUCAAAUGGGAAAGAGGCAAUUCGCCUCCAUGACCAAUGACAAGGGCUCACUUUUGGCAAUAAAGCAUUGAUAACUAAAUUUGUGUUACCUUGGCAAAAAAUUUUAUUCGUAUAUAGCUUUUCGGGAUGGUUAACGAACAAUUAUACCAUCUCUUUUACUCUUAUUUAAGUAUAUUCUCCCCUCUAUAUUAGCAUCACUUUCAUUACAUGGUUAAGACAGUCAAUUUUCCAAAAAUAUUAUGUACGGUUAGAGCUUUAUAUACUUACUCUUCUACCGAGAGUUCCUCCCUAUCAUUCGAAGAGGGCGACUCCAUUGAUGUACUCAACCAGCUUGAUUCUGGCUGGUGGGACGGCUGGUGUAAAGGAAACCGGGGAUGGUUUCCUAGUAACUAUGUAGAGGUUAUCAGUCAAAGUAAUAGUAAUAGCAGUAUCAAUAUUAACAACUAUAAACAGCAGCAGCAAACUAAAAAGCACACAGAAACCGCAGGAUUUCCUGGUUGCUCACUCAACUCUGUGGAUACACUUACAAGCAGAAGUGCGAAAAAUUCAACGGAAUUUGCAUUUACCAGCAAUACAGCGACCACAGCCCGAGAAAAAAACAAUACGAAUAACAGGAAGUCAUUCCAAUCGUCGAUAAGAAACAGUAUAAGAACAUCCGCAGUGGCAAACGAAUUGGAUGAAGAGAAUGAUGAUGAACACACACCGCCUUUGCCCGAAGGCUGGACAAUGCAUAUAGCAACUGAUGGGCGAACAAAAUUUUACUUUAACCAACGGACAGGCGGCUUACGCUACACUCACCCAGCACUUUUAGAAUCCGAAAAUGAAGAAGACGAUAGCUGUUGCAGCGUUGAGCAAGAUAAAUGUGAUGACGAAAGUAAGCUCAGAAUCGAUACUAAUGAGUUCGGAUCAAGGGCAACCGCUAAACAGCACGGCAAGAACUACAGCUCUUGUUGUAAUUCUAUAAAAUGCCAAUGUGAGGUAUGUAACUCUUGAAUGACAAAUUCUAACUUGUAAAUCAAUAGCUUUAUUAAUUUAGGUUUAACAGCCAACAGCAUUAGGGGAAAGGUGUAAACAUACCACAUACUGUAAUG